UUCAGUGUAUAAAUACUCACCUCAUCCCCUCUAACAGUGUUAACGUGGUUUCUGGCAAUUCUCAUCUUGCAAAUGAAAAGACAGAGGGAGUUGGUACUAAGAACAAGAAGGCUAACUGCAGUUUUGUAGUAAUUAAACCAUGGCAGACACUUUAAGAAGACUAAGCAACAACGAGACUUUCAAAAUCUUGCACGAUAAGGUAGACGACUGGUAUAAAAAUUAUCACAUAAACUCCUGUGACCAGAAUCUGAACCGGUGCUGCGAACUUGUUGAACUGACAUCAAAGGUUCAAGGCCAGCUUUUCACAAUCCUCAGCCAAACAGCCAGUGAAGGUGGUCACUAUGCAGGUGUAGAAACUUUAAAAUCUCGCUUUCUACCAUGGUUGGGAACUAGUUUUUCGAUCUCUGCAGUAGCAGUGUCUCCUGAUACAAGCCUUUCCUUGAUGCAGGAGUCUAUGGACAAAGAUAGAAGACUGAGAGAGCUUUCUUCUAUUCAUGAAGAGGAACUAUGUAGACUGGAAACAGAACUGAGCACAACUCGUAUGGAACUUGACAAACUCAGACAAGAAUUAACAGAGGCUCAUCUGGAAAUUGAUGAUACCAAGACCAAGUCUGCAACAACUCUUUUGGCAACAGAAGAUGAAAUCAUUCAAUUAAAAGCAGAAUUGAGAGCUGCCCGUGAUCAGGUAGACAUCUACAGGAGGAAACUAGAUGUUGUAGAUGACUAUGAGAGACAAAUCAGACAUCUAGGAGAAGAAGUCGCAGUUCUUUCCACUGAGAAAUCUCUGCUGGAAGACAGGAUUGCAAGGAGUCGAUCUCCGAGUCCCUUGUCCCGUCUUAGCAGAUCUCCUAGUCCUCUCCCUUUAAGCAGAAGUGAGUCUCCAACUCGUGCACAACUUACAAAUGCUUCUCGUCAUGCCAGGCUUGUAUCACGAUUUAGUGAUAUUUAUGCCAAUGAACGUCUGGAUGCACAGAACCUUUUGAGGCGCUACAUCGAUGAUCUAGAGAUGGUUCAGCGGAUAAUAUUUAUAGCCACUAUGGAAUCAUUUCAAGCAGCCAAAAUGGCCUUCCGUCAGUUCAAACUGCGUGUUAGAAAAACUCUGUCACCAUCUCAUCUUGGCCCAGAGUCUCUGGAUGAAGCUGUUAUGGACUAUAUUGUUCGCAAUGUGGAUCUUUAUGAUGUACAGUCAAGUGUCAAUGAUGUGAUCCGUGCCAUGAAUGUGAAUCCUAAAAUUUCAUUCCCACCUGAGGUGGACUUCAUCUUGAUUAGCAGCUUCAUCAGAGAAGUGUGUCGUACAGCCUUUGCUAUGCAAACUGUGGAGCCAACCCUGGAUAUAGCAUUUGCUACAGAUGGGGAACUUUUCAGUGAAACCAAGUACCGACGAAGUUAUGAUUCUGAUUUCACUGCCCCUCUGGUGGUUUACCAUGUGUGGCCAGCACUGAUGGAGGGUGACACUGUUAUUGUGAAAGGAGAGGCAUUUACUAAAAGGGGAGCUUUGUGGUCACCAAGUAGAAAUAGGAGCAGAAGUUCAAGCCCGGUCCGUUCACGGUCUUCAAGCCCUAGUCGGGCCUUGGCCUCAAGAAGUCGUAGCCCUUCUCCAUGUAGAAGAAAUCUAAGUCCAAGGCUCUAAGCAGGCUUUGUAUGCUGUUGACCAUUUGCAGUCUCAGUUUCACUGGUGCUUCAGUUAUUUACAA